UGGGUGACUAACAAAGGCAUUUUGAAUCUGUAGAUGAAGCUGAUCCUGCUAAAUACUAUAUACUAUAUGCUGAGUACUCGGUGCUGUGAAGUGCCCAUUCUGGUGCAUACCUACAUAGUACCGCCACGAUGAGGUUAUGGAAAGAGAGACUGCUGAGGGGUGCAGCAACAAUUGAACGAGUUUCGCAGUGUACCCUAGGCAAUGACAGUGUUUGGCAACUGCCAAGAGGUCCGACGUUCUACUACUAGUAGUAUCUCAUUUCUCAUUCGUCAAACAACAAAUUCAUCUCAACUAAACUAUUUUCUUUGGAUCCAAGUCAUCGCUACAUCGCUACACCCUUCUUAAGUACUAACCUAGGCAUUUUGACAUUUGGGAAACCUCUCAAUAUCUCUGCCACAUUAUCAACUGGCAUAAUCGGGAUAACUGGGAUAUGAUCUUCUAAUCAAUAUCUUUAUUCCUCUUUAGGCAACCCAACAGAAUUGAACAAUUUUAACUCAUUUUCAUCCCAUCAUACAUAAUCUACCAGUAAAGGCACCUUUGAGAACGGAACAUCACCCACAUUCAUCAUGGAAGACGAUGAAGACAUGACAGCCGCCAUGGCUCAAGCCAUGGGAUUCUCAAGCUUCGGUGCGCAGGAUAAUCCUAGCAAGCGCCGCAAGUUCAAUCCUCGUGCUGACGCUGUGGUUGACUCGGACACUAUUUCUGGCAUCUCUUAUCGGGAGGCCGCAUCGGGCUCUAAUACUACGCCUUUGGGUACUAGGUCAUCGAAUCAGGACGAGAUUAACCUCGAGUCAGAUGAAGACGCCGUCAUCAUCCCAGGCGGGAGUGGAAGCGAUGGUAUCAAAGAUAGCCAUGGGGGCCAGGAACCACAAUCUCUGGAAUCAUUACGCCUGCCUGGGAAAGUUUCAAUGGACGGUUCAGUGGAUAAGGUGCAAUCUCGAAUCGAUGACAUUGUUGGGGACAUCCCCAGUCACCCUCUGCCUACACGGCCGUCUUCUUUGAAUGGCGGUCGGGGUGGCAAUAAUCGCAGAGGCAAUAAUCGCGGAGGCCGGCACAACAAUCGGGGUGGCCAUGAACCAGGAAGGAUAUGGUGGGAAGACUACUACGACCCAAGUUCGAAUAUCAAUCCCUGGGAACAGCUGGAGGUAUCGAUGGGCUUAAAGGCACAAGGCGAAUGGAUGACUUGGGAAGAAGCGAAAGCGGGCCGUCCUUCCCAAGCAGGUGCAAGUUCUCUGCCGCCGUCGAGUUAAGCUGCUAUGGAUGUACAAUACGCAUAUUAUGAAUCAACAGUAAGAAGAAGGAAAGCAGUUAUAACCCGCACACCAUAACUCUUACGUUUUGCACCUCACCUGACCAAACUUUGGGCACCGCGUCAUCACGUGACGACCUCCCAGCCUACACGACAGAACCCCCCUCGGUCUAAGAUGGGUUCACCUUAGCGUCUUACAUGAUAGAGCUGUCGUACUCCCCUCUACUUUAUUGGCUCAUGGGAGCUCGCAUGGCAAUGGCCCACAGUGUCUAAGACAUACAACACCUACAUACAUACACACAAUACUGAUUAGGGCAGGUCGCUAGACGGGAAAUCACUGUAUUGCUAUAUUCAGGAGAAGCAGGACGCUGACCCAGUAAGACCCUCUAAAGAGACUACUUGGUCAAAACCGGCCAGCCACUACCUAGGUUACCGCCAAACGUAUUCCCAAAAUGGCAAUAUCCACAUCCUGAAGCGGAUAAGCGUUGUCCCAUCUCUACCUAGGCAAUGGAAGGUGUGGUGUGUGAUCUAUCUAGGAGUACCUCGUUGUCUUCACGCCCCCG